GGACAAAGAGCAGACACUGACCAUACCUACAUUGUACUCUGAACCCAUUAGGAAAUGACCGACAAAAUAAAGCUAAAAUGGGAAAUUAAUGAUGAGGCAUAUUUAGAAAUGAAUAAAUUAUGUAUGGAAAUUAUUUCUUUUCGGGAUAAAUAUACAUUGAAGGAAUGUUUUGCUUUGGUUCAGGAAAAUAUGCAAAACCUUUACGAAAACAGUGUCCUUAGUUGGGAUGAUGAAGCUAAAUGGAGAGAGAUGAGCAUGGAUUCUCUUUGUUAUAUUUGUUUAUAUAGUACUGAACGGCGUAAAUUGGUCGGCUUUAUGAGUUUUGAAGAAACAGUUGAAGCUGAUCUUCCAUGCCUUUACUUGUAUGAACUUCAGAUUACAAAAGAUAUGAGAAGAAGAGGAUGUGGGUCAUGGCUCAUGAAACAAUUGAUACGCAUCGCUGAGCAAAGACAGAUUCCGUAUGUCUUUUUGACCGUCUUUGGUAAGAACGAGCAAGCUCUCAAUUUCUAUCAUCAAUUCCAGUUUUAUCCACAUCCAACAUCUCCGCAAUCGAAAACGUUUCGGUCUGGCAGAGUUGUUCAUCCAGAUUACUACAUCUUGUACACUAAUAUAAAGAAUAAUUAGGGAAGAACAGCAAAAUCGCUUUUGCGCGUAUAUACUGUAUAGAAAUACAACAAAACAAAAGGAAAUCAUUUAUUCAUACUUUAUCGAAACUAUAUUACUCGAAAACUUGAUGACAAACACAAUUAGAUCGUUUCUCAAUGAAGAC